GGUGCAGAGCGGGCGGCGGCGGGAGGCGGAGGGCGGCUGCACCCGCGCGGCGUGGGGCUCGCGGAGGAGCGGACGGUCCGGCCCGUUCGGAACCCGAGGCGCGGCGCGGAGCCCCGGCGGCCCGAAGGCGCGACUCCAGCCUUGUCACUUCAUCCCGCCCCCUUGGUUUUGGAAGUCCCAGGCAAAGUCUGGUGUGGAGGAGGCAGACGUUGAUGUGCUCAGUGCUGUGCGGCCAGAGGUGAAGAGAUGGCCUCUCCGGUGCCCUGGGCCUGCUGUGCCAUGCUAGCUGCGGCCACUGCCAUGGUCUACGCCCAGAGACAUAGCCCACAGGAAGCUCCCCAUGUGCAGUAUGAGCGUCUGGGCUCCGAUGUGACACUACCUUGCGGGACAGCAAGCUGGGACACGGCUGUGACCUGGCGGGUGAAUGGGACAGACCUGGCGGCCGAUCUGCUCAACGGCUCCCAGCUGGUGCUUCGAAGCCUGGAACUGGGCCACAGUGGCCUCUAUGCCUGCUUCCAUCGAGACUCCUGGCACCUGCGCCACCAGGUUGUGCUGCAUGUGGGCCUACCCCCACGGGAACCCGUGCUCAGCUGCCGUUCCAACACUUACCCCAAGGGCUUCUACUGCAGCUGGCACUUGCCAGCACCCACCUACAUCCCCAGCGCCUUCAACGUGACUGUGCUGCAUGGCUCCAAGACUAUGGCCUGUGAGAAGGACCCGACCCUUAAGAACCGCUGCCAUAUCCGCUACGUGCACCUGUUCUCCACUGUCAAGUACAAGGUCUCCAUCAGUGUUGGCAACGCACUGGGCCACAAUGCUACAGCCAUCACCUUUGACGAGUUCACCAUUGUAAAGCCGGAUCCUCCAGAGAACGUGGUGGCUCGGCCAGUGCCUAGCAACCCUCGACGGCUAGAGGUGACAUGGCAGAAUCCCUCAACCUGGCCCGACCCCGAGUCCUUCCCACUCAAGUUUUUUCUGCGCUACCGACCCCUCAUCCUGGACCAGUGGCAGCACGUGGAGCUGUCAGACGGCACAGCGCACACCAUCACGGACGCCUACGCGGGGAAGGAGUACAUCAUCCAAGUGGCAGCCAAGGACAACGAGAUUGGGACGUGGAGCGACUGGAGCGUGGCUGCUCAUGCCACUCCCUGGACAGAGGAGCCAAGACACCUCACCACUGAGGCCCAGGCCCCCGAGACCACGACCAGCACCAGCAGCUCCCUGGCACCCCCACCCACCACGAAGAACUGUGAUUCCAAGGAGCUGGGCAGCGGUGGAGAUCCCUCAGCGCCCAUCGGCAUGAGCAUCCCGAUCACUCUGGUUUUGGCUGCUGCCGCCGCUGCCAUCACCACCGCCAGCAGUCUCCUGAUCUGAGCCAGCUUCCCCACCAGGACAGGCCAGAGGCCAACGUACCUGAGGAGGAGCUGAAGUCGGAGCUGAGCCCACAGACCCCGUUUCUAUUUUGCACACGGGCAGGAGGGCCUUUCUGCAUCUCUUCAGACACAAUUUGUAGAGACCCCGGCGGGCCCGGGCCUGCCGUAUUCCCACCUUUCCUUACCCCACGGGCCCUCACCCCUCCCUCGGGAGAGGGGGACCAUGCAGCUAACCCACCCACCAAAGACCACCUCCCAUUCCUCUCGGGCUGGACCCUCCAAUGCCAGCGACUCCAAGGAGCCCAUGGGGGGCCUGAGGGGAGCCCCCCCAUCUAGUUUCUCCCCUUGCCCCAGCUUCCUAUCUGCCCCAGGGUCUCUGUUGCCACCAUCAGAUUAUAAGCUCCUGAUGCUGGGGGGGCCCAGCCACCCCUUCCCCCCAGUACCCACACUUUUCAGUGCCCCUGCCCCUGUUUUGUACAUCCUUCUCUUCUCUCAGCUCCCGCCCCACAGUAUUUAAUGCCCAUCCAUUCCCUCUGUCCGACUCAGUGGUAACUUGCUGUAUUUGAAUUUUUUAUAAUUGUAUAUACAGGGGUGGGGGGGGGUCGGGGAGGGGAUUCUCAUUAAACGUCACCAUUUCAUGAUUC